CUCUAUCGACAAUCAUAGACAGGAACUUCUUCAUUCUUACCACGCUAUUUCUUCCUUCUGGUGUAUGCUUCGAUUCCGUUCCUUAUUCAAAAUGGCCGAAGAAACCAUCACGAAGAAGAUCAAGACCUCUUCUCCCUUGAUCGGAACCCACAACGGCCACUUCCACGCCGACGAAGCUCUUGCUGUCUACCUUCUCCGUCUCCUUCCUACCUACAGCGCCUCCCCUCUCGUACGAACUCGCGAUCCCGCCCAACUGGCCACAUGCCACACCGUCGUCGAUGUGGGCGGCGAGUACGACCCCUCCAACAACCGCUAUGAUCAUCACCAGCGCACCUUCGCGACCACCUUUCCGGCGCACGAGACCAAGCUCUCGUCCGCCGGUCUGGUCUACAUGCACUUCGGCCGGGCCAUCAUCGCGCAACACACCUCCCUCCCGGAGGACCACGAGGACGUGACUCUGCUGUACGAGAAGCUGUACAACGACUUCAUCGAGGCGAUCGACGCGAACGACAACGGGAUCUCGGUCUACGACCCGGCGGGCAUCUCGGCCGCGGGCCUGCAGAAGCGCUUCCGGGACGGCGGCGUGACGCUGGCCUCGGUCGUCGGCGACAUGAACCACCCGGACCCCACGAGCCCGCCGGGCGAGCCCCAGGACGAAGACAGCCUGUUCGGCCGCGCCAGCACCUUCAUCGGCAACGUCUUCACCCGCAAGCUGCACCACGCCGCCGCCUCCUGGCUGCCGGCCCGCACCACCGUCGGCGCCGCGUACCGCUCCCGCCGCGAUGUCCAUCCCUCCGGCCGCAUCAUCGUCUUGCCCCAGGGCGGCGUGCCCUGGAAGGAGCACCUGUACACCUUCGAGCAGCAGGAGGGCGCCUCCGGCAGCGAGCAGACCUACUACGUCCUGUAUCCGGAGGGCGCCACCGAGGGCUCCAAGUGGCGUGUGCAGUGCGUCUCCGAGAGCGAAGGCAGCUUCGUCUCACGCAAGCCCUUGCCCGAGUCGUGGCGCGGGGUCCGCGACUCCGACCUCGAUGCCGUCAUGGCCGCCGAGGCGGAUAAGUCUGGCCAGCCGCGCAUCCCCGAGGGCGCGGUCUUCGUCCACGCCAGUGGUUUCAUCGGUGGCCACAAGACCAAGGAGGGUGCUUUGGCCAUGGCCGUCCGGGGUUUGGAGCUAUAGAUCGGGGGUCUUGCAUGACUUUUGCUUAUCUAACGAACAGUUGAUCUGGGUAUUCAUGAGGCAUAUAAAAGUUAAAAAUUCAUUCUAAA